GUCCCCAGAACCCCAGCCAGAUACUCGUCUCCCUCUGUAAACAUACUGGAUCUCACCCCUACAUGUGUAACAAGAUCCAGAUACAACCCAGAGUUGGAGAAUGACAGGAAAUAAGAGCUAAUGUUUUUUAUGACUGAGCAAAGAGAUCUGAAUGGGAUGUGACAGAGAAAAGGCUCUCCUUCCUUUAACAUUCUCACUUAAACAAAUUGUCGUGGGGAAAAAAAUAUUUACCACGGUUGAGGAUGGACAUUGCAAUUCCAGACUUUACUUGAAGGAAGCUGCAUCCUGAAUAGAUGUUCGGCCAUCGGCUUGUGAGAAAACACAAAUAUGGGUAUUGUUGUUUUAUCCUCUCUGCCCUUCUCCCUGACCUGUUGAUGAAACUCUAUCCCAGGCAAAGAUGAGGAUAUGGUGGGAAGUGUUUAAUUAGUGCAUCUGCUCCUGUGUGUGUGUGUGUAACAAGUGGAGUCUACACAUUGCUUCUUCCAGCCUAGCAGCUCUUCACGGUGACUGGCUACAGGGAUAUAGUGGGAGGGGCCUUGCCAUUACUCCCAUAGCUAGUAACCAGAGGGCCAACUGCAGCUGAAAUCAAGAGGCUGGAGGCUUAGUGAAAAAGGGGGAAACGUGCAGUCUAGGAAUGACACCAUCUACCCGGCAUACCCACUGACUGUAUCCCCUCCUCCUGCCUAUAAAAGAACCUGCAGAAUUGGACUGUAUGCACUUCGAUAUUCCAGAGGAUAGCAAUACAACUAUAUUUAACCUCGAAAAACAUUCAACUGAAAAGGCAGUGACACAAAAGGAGAGCUUGGGUAACAUUUUUACAAUAACAUUUUUGUUUUAAUUCUUAUAAAUGUUUUAUGUUGGCUUACUGGUGGUCUUGAGUAGCUGCCUGGCCCUGGGGGCAGGCUACAGGAAAACUCCAGACCCAACAGCUGCUAAGAGACAGUACCAGAUCCAAAAUGGCCCGUGCAGCUACACCUUCCUGCUACCUGAGCAGGACAACUGCAAGACCCCAAGCAGCACCUACACCAACCUGGUCCAGAAGGACGAUCCGGCAGAGUAUGAUGAGUCGGUCCAGAGGCUAGAGCAGCUGGAGAACAUCAUUGAGAACAACACACAGUGGCUCCUCAAGCUGGAGAACUACAUACAGGAAAACAUGAAACAGGAGAUGUUCCAGAUCCAGCAGAAUGCAGUGCACAACCACACGGCAGCCAUGAUAGAGUUCGGAACCAACCUGCUGAGUCAGACUGUUGAACAAACACGGAAGCUGACCAACGUAGAGGCGCAGGUAAUAAAUCAUACAACUCGGCUCGAACGUCAGCUUCUUGAGAACUCUCUAUCAACGAGUAAGUUGGAAAAACAGCUCAUUUUCCAAACAAAUGAAAUAACCAAGCUGAAUGACAAAAACAGCUACCUGGAGAAGAGGGUGGGGGAGAUGGAGGAGCAGAGGCAGGUGGAGCUGAAGACGCUGAAGGAGGAGAAGGAGCAGCUCUCUACACUGGUACUGAGACAGACGGCUGUCAUCGAGGAGCUGGAACAACAGCUGCUGCGGGCCACCACCAACAACUCUGCCCUGCAGCGGCAGCAACAGGAGCUGCUUGAGACCGUCAACAACCUCAUCAACACAAUCUCUAUCCCCACAGGUGGAGGGAACAAGCCUACCAUGAUGCAGGACACACCAACCACAUACCCAGACUGUGCUGCUGUCUACAAGUCAGGAAACACAGACAGUGGAGUCUACUCACUGACCCUUUCCAACACUACACAGGAGUUUAAGGCUUACUGUGACAUGGAGACAGAGGGGGGUGGAUGGACAGUACUACAAAAACGAUUUGAUGGCCGUGUUGACUUUCACCGUACGUGGAAAGAGUACAAAAUGGGCUUUGGAAACCCUUCAGGUGAAUACUGGUUGGGAAAUGAGUUUCUUUCGAUACUGACCAAUCAGCACCCAUACGUCUUGAGGAUACAGAUGAUGGAUUGGGAGGAAAACGCAGGAUUCUCACUAUAUGACCAGUUCUCUCUAGGCAGUGAAGCAGAAAACUACAGAAUACACCUUAAAGGCUACAGUGGCACAGCAGGCAAAAUUAGUAGCCUUGGUCAGCCGGGAAGUGAUUUCAGCACAAAAGAUGCAGACAACGACAAAUGUGUUUGCAAAUGCUCACAACUGACAACAGGAGGCUGGUGGUUUGACGCCUGCGGCCCCUCCAACUUGAACGGAAUAUUUUUCCAGCAGGGCCAGAACUCAAAUCGAUUCAAUGGAAUCAAAUGGUACUACUGGAAAGGCUCAGGCUACUCACUGAAGUCCACCACAAUGAUGAUCAGACCAGUAGACUUCUGAGGCUGUGACAGAGACAUGCCUCUCACAGACAUGUAUAGAAUGGAGAGCAGAGCUCUGUCACUCUGGGAAACAACUACACAGACAAGACAGACAAACAAAAAGACCAAACAGACCGAAGUGCUCCAUAACAGCAACCUCAUCACUUCCGAACAUUCCACAAGGGAAGGAACAAUUAGCUUUGCGCCAACAAGUCUUUUUAUUUUUUUUAACUUUUGUGCAAAAUGGACAGGUGAAGACUAGCAGAAAAGUCUAUGAACUAUCUAUACUCAGAAAUAUAUGGGCUUUGGACUGCAUAACCAACCAGGACAUGGCAGUCAAAAGAUGACCCGUUGGAAAUCUUGUAUUUAUAGCAAACUGGAACUGUGGUAGAGAUAACAGUAUUGUUUUCUAUUAAUAAGCAUUACUAUGAGAAAUGUCAGUGUGUAACACAUUGCAAGGUUGACAAAGUAAAUUUUGUAAUAACGAUAUUUCACUCAUUAACAUUUGAUACAAUGAAUUGGAAAAUAAGUUACAUUUAUAAUGUAAAAUAAAAAUUUAACAAUAGCCCUAAUUUUAAAAGCAAAGAAAACUAGGGUACAAAGGACAAUACUUCAUACAUAUCAAAUAUGAACAUAAUGCAAAAAGGCAAUCUGUCAUGAAUCUACGGCUUUUCUUCCUUACAGGAAUUGUACAUACUCCGUGUCUUCAGAAAGUACUCAUACCUCCCUGGUCUUUGUGGCUGAAUGUGUUUGAAAUUCACUGCUCAACUGAGUGUCCUUACAGAUAAUUGUAUGAAUGGGGUACAGAGAUGAUAGUCAUUAAAAAAACACUAUUAUUGCAACUUAUGUGACUUGUUAAGCACAUUUUUACUUCUGAACUUAUUUAGCCUUGCCAUAACAACGGGAUUGAAUACUUAUUGACAAGACAUUUCAGCUUUUCAUUUCUAAUUCAUUUGUAAAAACAUCAUUCCAUUUUGACAUGAAGUAUUGUGUGUUGGCCAGUGACACAAAAUCUCAAUUUAAUCUAUUUUAAAUUCGCACUAAGACAACAAAAUGUGGAAAAAGUCAAGGGGUGUGAACACUUUCUGAAGGCACUGCAAAUUAUUUAAUUCAAAUGUAUAGUGUAUAGAUGGUUCACAAAAUGUAUUAAAAUCAAUGUGAUAACUUUGAUCGGCAUGUUACUCAAAACAUGUCAUCAAUGUCAAUUAACCUAAUUAUUCAAGCAAACGUAAUAUCAAUUGCAAAUCCCUAAGUGUGUUCAACUUUUUCCAUGAUUACUUCGACUUCCACCUCUUUUGCCUGACUUAGACUACAUACUCUCAUGACUCCAAUCUGUACAAGUUAUCCAGUACUAUGGAGCUUAUAUUUAUCAAUCUAAUUUAAUUGUUUUAUUGUAGAAAUGUGAUUUAUAGUCAUAACUUAUUCAAUAUACUUCACCCAUUGUUUUGUGAACAUUCGGGACCACAAGUUAAUUUUCACUUAAUUCUUCUAAGUGACUUGUGAUAUGAGUAAGAUUAGUCUAUUUGAGGACUUUUUCUAUGUGGAGUAUGGAUAAUGUUUUUGUCAAAGGCAGGAAUGCAAACAAAUAGACUUUACAACUUAAUUCCAAUCAUGUUGAAACUACAACCUACCGUUCUUAUGUUUUCAUUCUGCUUUAACACAAAACAUAAAAUACUUGUUUUAAUGUC